UAUGCGUGCACGGAUCACAUCUCUGACUGUAUUGUUCCCUAGUUAAUUGCAGGCAGCUGGAUCUCAUCAUCGCUCCGUCCUUAUCAGGCCUCAUUUGCAGUGUCAGAUGAAAUAUUUUACCUUCCUUUUUUCUACUCUCCGUUGUAAAUGUUGGUCAGAUACAGGUAUCGAGACGCGUUGCUCCUUCUUGAUCAGUUUUUGGGCUAAAUUAUUUUUUUGUAUCUUUUGUAAGUGCGUGACAUAGUAAAAAAAAAGACUUGUAAAAAUGGGAAUAAUUUUAGUGAAAUUUUAUAGCCGUACAAAAACUUGGUUAAGAACAUUGACAGCUGCUAAUGUAUUGCCAAUAAUGGGUCAGGAAGCAGGGAAGUCCGCUUGGCCCAAACCCGCCGGCGGAUAUCAGACGAUCACCGGGAGGCGCUACGGCAGGAGACACGCGUACGUCAGCUUCAGGCCCACCCAGGCGCGGCGGCAGGCGGAGCUGACGGACGGGCCCUCGUCUUGGCAGGGCAUGGAAAUGGACCCGGUCCCCGGAGGGAAGCCGUUAACUUCAAAGGGGAGCAUCUCAUCUGUGCUGCAGGCAAUCUUCCCGGUAAGCCCCAAUUCCGUUCACCCGGAAGAAGACGCAAAAGGAGACAUGUUUAAGAUGAAGCGGGCUGGCUGUGGGGCGCCGCCAUGUGGCCGAGGAGGCGACUGUGAGCCCAUGCUGUUGCCAAAACUGAAGGAGAUCUCGGACGCCCGUGGGUGGCCCACGCCCAGUGAAGGCGACGUAUGCAGCUCCAGUGUACUGAGCUUUGUGAACACUGACCCUUACAAGGAACACAGUAGUGACGGCGAUGAGGAGGCUGGCUCGGACCUGCCGUUGAAAGAGCUGGAUAAAGAUUUUGACCAACCUAAUGCUUUGCACUCUACUCGGCAAAUUCCCUCAUGGGGGGGCAGGGGGUUAUCACCCAGACAUGGGGCCUUCCAGAGAGAUGCUGAGUUCCUCUGUCAGGAUGGACCCAGUUUUCAGGGUGGAAUCUCAGUAGAUGAGGACAGGGACGCUUGGGCUGUUGUUCUGGGGGACACAGAGGUGUGUGGGUUCCCAGUUGCCUGUGACUGUGACCCAGAGACGACCCCCACAGAGAUGGUGGUCCGGCCAAAGAUCCGUAAGCAGACUGACGAGAACCCAAAGGAGAGGAGGAUCCCCCCAGGAGGGGAAGCCGGGUGCGGAUCUGUGCCGCCGAAGGACAGCCCAGAAAACUUCCUGGUUUAUGAACCUCAGACGACUGGCACCAAGAGUGGGAUGUGGCAGAGGGCAGAGGUAGAUGCAUCAGGUGGGACAGACGAGGAUGAGGAUGACCUCUGGGAGGAUCUGGAGGAUUACGGCGACGCACAUGGUGCUUUCCGGAAGGGAGAUGACAGCUCCCAGUGCAGCGAGGGGGAGCUCUCGGCCUCCUGGACAUCCGCCUCCAGCGCUGAGAAGGAGCCCUCCUCGGGGAAUGAGAGCUGGGAGACGCUGCCGGGCUUCGAGUCCGAGCCGGAGGGCCGGAGCGAUGGAAACAGCUUGGAUGGCGUGCUGGAGUUGAGCCUGGUUUCGCCGGACCAAUCAACACUGGAGGAAGGUGAGCUCCCCUGGCCUCCGUACCACGAGGGGGCAGCGAGCAGCAGCAGCAGCGACGAGGAGGCAGACACCCCCAGCCGCUUCGUUCACCCAGGGCUCUUUAUGCUCGACGGGAACAACAACUUGGAGGAUGACUCCAGCGUGAGCGAGGAUCUGGAUGCGGAGUGGAGGCGGCUCGAUGACCUAGGGGAUGGCUUUGGCAUGGCACAGGCCAUCUCCUUCGUGGAUCCACAGCUGCUGACAUACAUGGCCCUGGAGGAGCGGCUGGCACAGGCCAUGGAGGUGGCUUUGGCGCACCUGGAGUCCCUGGCGAUGGACGUGGAGCCGGCUCACCCCCCUGCCAGUGAGGACGUCAUCGACUGCCUGCCUCCCAUCACCGUGAUGGAGGACUAUCAUGGCAAAGAGCAGUGCUGUGCCAUCUGCUGCAGCGAGUACGUCAAAGACGAGAUCGUGACGGAGCUGCCGUGCCGGCACGCGUUUCACCGGAGGUGCGUGACGCUGUGGCUUCAGAAGUCGGGAACUUGUCCUGUGUGUCGGCACGUCCUGACGCCUGGCCCCCCGGCAGCCCCGGUCCAAACAUCCUUUGUGUCUGAUCACGAGGCACCGCCAUCGGACCACAGCACGGCAGGGACGCGAUGAACGACCCAUUUUCAGCUACUCCUGCUCGUUAUGGGACAGAACACAAGAUAUGCUGGCUUCUGUGAAUGACUGAGACCGAGGUUAAGAAACGGGGACGUGUCCUUUUUUACCCAAACGAUUCAGCCUAAACAGUUUAUUUUUAUAGAGAAGGUGGAAAUACAGAACAUACUGUAGACAUUCUUCCAAAAUUGUAUCAAUGUCAUACAAAUGUGAAAAAUAACAAGCUUAAACUGAUUCUACUGAACUGCACAGCAGGAUCAGACCAACCACUCUUUAACGUGCUAAACUGUCUGUAGACCAGUGCACUGCUUAUUAUGUUACAUUCUACUAAUUUACUAAGUGAUUCUGGCUUCAGUGUGACAUGAAGGCUUUAGAUCGUUAUUUCUGGCCAGUGUGGGGCAUGAAUACAUUUUUAUGUUGUUGGAUCGGUUUUGCCAUCUGGUGGCUGUUCCGUAGUUUCGUCCGGUGUGGGAGUGCGUUGUGAAGUGACUGCCCGACCAAGGACUCAUUUGGCGAAACUAUGCUUCCGCUGGAAGACAAAUGUGCGACACGUGAUGGCUGUGUGCCUCCUCCAGUAUUGUCUUCAGACUUGGUUGUAGAGAUACAACGGAUCAAACUUAUGAAGCUGUGAGUGAAACUCCUAUUGCGGUUAUUACGGUAACCGUUAAUCAAUACCCUAGAUUUGGUUCUGCUUUAGAUUUCGGCUCAGCUCCACCAUCUGGCAAGUGUAUGGUGCUGUUUUUAGGCUAUGCCUGGCUGCACACACACUUGCCUUGGCGUCACAAGGACAACUGGUUUCUUGUGGUCUUAGCACUUGGGGGGUGUAUAUAAUUUGUAAAGUGCUAAGCAGUGGAAUAAAAAAAUGCAACCAUGUAA